GAAAUCAGAAUCAAUAGAAACCAAAUAAAUAUUAACAUGGGAAUUCCAACUGUGUUAGCUUUGCCAUUUGCAGCACAAGGGCAUGUGAACCCCAUGAUGACAUUCUCACAGAAGCUGGUUGAGAAUGGAUGCAAAGUAAUUUUUGUGAACACAGAAUUUAACCACAGGAGAGUGGUAAGUUCUAUGGAGCAAAAAGGUGCUUCUAGCCCUGAUGAAGAAUCUGUGCUGAAGUUGGUAUCAAUCCCUGAUGGUUUAGCACCUGAUGAUGACAGAAGCGAUCAGGCCAAGCUGUGUGAGGCCAUUCAAAAAACCAUGCCAGAAGCACUUGAGAAGCUCAUAGAGGAUAUUCAUUCCAAAGGUGAGAAUAAAAUCAACUUCAUUGUUGCAGAUGUGUGCAUGGCUUGGGCUUUGGAUGUUGGGAGGAAAAUCGGAAUCAAAGGAGCUGUGUUGUGUCCAGCAUCAGCAGCUAUUUUCACCUUGCUGCACAGCGUCCCUAUGCUUAUUCAUGAUGGCAUUGUAGACUCUGAUUUAGGUUUAACAUCAACGACAGAAAAGAGAAUUCGGAUUUCGCCAAGUAUGCCUGAGAUGGACACAGAAGACUUUUUCUGGUUGAAUAUGGGUGAGCCAAGUACUGGUAAGAAAGUGCUCAAGUAUUUGCUGCAUUGUGCAGAAAGUUUUCAUUUGACAGAAUGGUGGCUUUGCAACACCACACCUGAACUUGAACCUGGGACAUUAUCGUAUCUUCCGAAGAUCCUCCCAAUUGGGCCAUUGUUAAGAAGCAAUGAUAAUGAUAGUAAGAAAAUUGCAACUACAAAAUCAAUGGGACAAUUCUGGGAAGAAGAUCACUCUUGCAUGAGUUGGUUAGAUGAACAAGCCCAUGGUUCUGUGUUGUAUGUUGCAUUUGGAAGUUUCACUCUUUUUGACCAAAACCAAUUCAAUGAACUUUCCCUAGGACUAGACCUCACCAACAGACCUUUUCUUUGGGUUAUAAGAGAAGACAAUAGAAUGGCAUACCCUCAUGAAUUCAAAGGGCAGAAAGGUAAGAUAGUGAGUUGGGCACCUCAACAAAAGGUUUUAAGCCACCCUGCCAUAGCAUGUUUUGUGACUCAUUGUGGUUGGAACUCUACCAUGGAAGGUUUGUCCAAUGGGGUACCUUUCUUGUGUUGGCCAUACUUUGGAGACCAACUUUGCAACAGAACACAUAUUUGUGAUGAGUUAAUGGUUGGGUUGGGGAUUGACAAAGAUCAAAAUGGAGUUGUGUCACGAGAGGAGUUGAAAACCAAAGUGGAACAAUUCUUUAAUGAUGACAACAUAAAACCUAUGUCUGUCGGGUUGAAGGAGAAAGUCUUGAACAACAUAGCAAAAGGAGGAACAUCUUAUGAGAAUCUUAACAAGUUUGUGAAGAUGAUAAAAGAAUAAGAGUUGACAUCUUGUGAAUAUGUUAACUCUAGAUUUGUAUUAGUCUGUUUGUAUACCAUGUAUUUGAUAUGCAGUUAUCUUUAUUUACUAAAGAAUUAUUUUGCUUGUGAA